UGGUAGCUCUGGCGGCAACCAUGGCGUAUAACGGCCUCACGGUGCCUCUCAUCGUAAUGAGCGUGUUCUGGGGCUUCGUCGGCUUCUGCGUGCCCUGGUUCAUUCCUAAGGGUCCCAACCGGGGAGUUAUCAUCACCAUGCUGGUAACCUGUUCAGUUUGCUGCUAUCUCUUUUGGCUGAUUGCAAUUCUGGCCCAACUCAACCCUCUCUUUGGACCACAGUUGAAAAAUGAAACCAUCUGGUACCUCAAGUAUCAUUGGCCUUAA